AUGGAGAGACUUGGUUUAUGGGGAGAUGGAACAGCAUUUAAAUCGUUUGAUUCUUUUCUAGCCAGCAUAACUAAGAGAGGUCUUGGUAAGUGGUAUAGUUUUCAGCCUAGACUACGAGCAGUCUCUUUUUCUUAGUCCGUCGAGCAAAACGCGCGAGACGCAACAUGACCACGCGCAACGCUCUCUCGCGCGCGUGCACUCCCCCUCACUAAAUCUGAAGAAAAGAGAGGCUGGUCGUAGUCUAUUUUCAGCCCCAAUGAUCCACAUACAAAUUCUCCCGACUGAUCCCCUACCUUUCCUUAAAGAAUUAGUGAAGAGAUUUUAAUGAUUAUUUUAUGAAUUCUCUAAACUUUUCUUGUAAUGAUGUAUGGAUAUUUUUAGAGAAAAUUGAUGUUAAUCACGUUUGGUACGCAAUAGGAUAAAGGGUUAUAUCAAGAUGACUUCCAUAUUCUUGUCAAAGUUGAGCUGAAAUUGUAACUAAAUAUUUUCAGUCACCUUUUUCAAACUUGGAACUCUAAAAAAGAAAGCUAUCAAAUGAUUCGAUCUAAGCCAAGGGGAAGUAAUGCAUGUUCGUUUCUGGUCAUUUUUCGAAGAACUCCUGCCUGCCGUACAAUGCUUAGCUGUGAUAAGAGUGUUAAAGAUCUUAAGGUGCAGCGCGUCCUUGUACCGGCUCUGGUAAAUUACUCGAAACCUUAGCCUAAUUUAUGGGUAGACCACCUGUACUAUAACCGUUGAGAGACGGCUAGCUAGGCUAGUGGCUAGAACGGUGAUGCGCCAUGGCGAUGCUAUUACCACGUUUCGGAAAUCAUGGUCGCCUUUUAUAUAGCCUGUCCCAGGCUUUGAAAUAGUAGAGUGUGGUGCGAAGUUAGAGAACGGGAAGAAAAAAAGGACAAAGAGGGAGAGAGAGGAAGGAAUUUCGCCCUCACUCCCUACCCCACUCCUCGCUGUUUUUUCUGCGCACAUCUCCUUGCAUCGUCCUCACAAUCUGAACUCCUGGAACAGGAGCUUACACUUCUCCAUCGGCAGAAACGAUGUAUCUCAAGGUCACUAAUAUUUAAAAUCUUUCCAGGUGCUUCUGAAAUGUUAGCUAUAGAAAUGAAGGCAUCAGGGAUGUACGUUUCUAGAGGUCUUAGUUUCAGACAGGCUGAGGUAAUGCAUUAUUUUAGAAAUGGCAUCGUAAUUUUCUGUUGUAAGCAGAAGUUUUCCUAUCAUACUGAAAUAUGCUUUUUUUUUUUGCAGUGCUUAUUACUUCACUUCUGUUCUUUUUUUUUGUUAACAAACUUUGAUAAUGCUUUUUGUCGCAUUUCUGCAGUUUGUUAAUGUUGAGGCGACACUGACUGCGGAACAGAGAAAGGUUUAUGACACUGCAGUUCACGUUUGGUACGUAUGGCAAUGUAAAAAGGUUAAAUCUUCGUAUUAACUGCUUUUAAGUAGACCACAACUUAAGAUGGAAUCAUUCAGUGGUUUCUUGUACCAGGGCUCCGGGAUUAACUUAUGCGAUUUCGUAGAAAUUGCACUCAAAACUUGUGCGUUUGUUUGAGUCAAAGCAAAAGCAAAACAACAAUCACAGUCGGUAUUCUAAGAAUUAACGGUUGUGUGUAUGUUUCACAAUCAUAGUGUGAAUAUGUUUCAGCUUUUUUCCUUUUCUCUUUAAAGGAGCGAGUUAAAGAAGUCAUUAGAAUUUGCCAUUGGUCGCACCACCCCUUCUACGAGGGUCGUACAGGGGUAUUCCCGUGAUGCGUGAUUGGCUGAUUUUAUUUUCCGUGAAACGUGAAUUUAAUAAUUUAUUCUUCGUGAUCCGUGAUCUGAAGGUUUUGCGUGACCCGUGAAGAACUUGAAUUUUUAACCGAUAUUCGUGAUUUCACCACUCUGUUUGGCGUGAUUUUGAGAUGCGAGUGCAUGUGACAAGUAACAGACUUCGCUUUAAUUAAAGUAAUCCAUUCUGCAAAUUCACGUGCUUUACAUGCCUAUCAUGACUAUCAUGCCUAUUAUGGAUCAGAUGUCUAUUCCUAUGCCUAUGGUCUCCUAUGCCACUGGAUCUGGAGGUCAAAGGACAGUGAUCCAAAACAUCGAAACAUCCGAGACAUGGAGACCACCAUGUUCAAGGCCGGAACAUUGCCGUUAAACAUGUACAGAACAUCAGACUAUCCUAAAGAUAAAGUCUCAUUCAGCCCUAACACUGUCGAAGAGGAAACUGUUACUUCUGCUACGACUGUUACGCCUUCUACAUCGCACGACGCCAUUGAAGAUGUUCAAGUAGUAGAGGAAGCCGAGGUAGAAGAGGAGGAAGAGUAUGACACUGACUCAGACGCUGAAUAUCCUAUUGCUGACAAUUACGAGGUAGAUUCUCUAGACGAUUUGUUGUUUCUUCGGGCAGUUACAACGCGAAGUGGACGAAUGGUCAGAGUCGUCCAUCGAGAGUGAUUUAGGUAUGUGAUUUCCGAUAAGCAGCCUUUACUUGGCGUUUAACGAUUUUGCUUUCUUCAAACACUCUUUUCUACCGUAAGAGGUUAUUAAAACGAGUACCUUUCUUGUUUAUUUUCGUGAUUCGGGAAAAUGAAAUUUUGAUAGCCGAGAUCCGUGAUUCGCUGUUUUUUCUGUUCGUGAACCGUGCGAGAGACCCCCUGUACGACCCUCUUCUACACCAAGGGUGUGGUCAGUCUUUGGUCCUGUCAUCAGCGGUUCUUCAAACAGCUCUGGUGAGUAUUUAAUCCCGUCUCUGGUCCUUGGGGGCGGAUAUUACAACAAAGUUUAAACGUUAUUUAACAAAAACCGUUCUAACGCUCAUACCUUGUCAUCGUUUGCUGUUCACAUCAACAAGAAGGCGACAGCCUAAAUUAGAAAACCAUUUAUCUACUUAAAAUCAAUACCCUACAAACGAAUAAGGAGGCGCUCUGAUUUUUAGACCUCGUUUAAAUAGUCGACCUUAAGUUUCACCUUAACAUUUUUGCCUUCUUAUUUCCAGUAAUGUUGUCCUUGAUGCUAGUUCAUCGGCCUAUUUAAAGUUAUACGUAAGACUAAAUCGGUAUCGUCUCCAAUGGUACUGUGGUACUGUUUGCAGACGCUAUCGCCUUUUUAUUGGAUAUUACGAGGUUACGAGGGAAACUGGAUCAAAAUUCAUCCCCAAAACAGUCCCAUAGUGCAGUUCGACUCAACACCGACCCAUGUCCAAGCGAGGUUCAGUAAAAAACCUAAAAAAAAAUAAAUGAAUUUCAUUUGUAUAAGAAUUAAAAAAAAUCAUUUUCAUAUCAAUGGCUUCGCACUUAGCCUCUCUUUGAAAUAGAGGCUUGAGGCAACUCGGAAAUGGCUAUAUUCGUGGGCCGCUUGGGAGCUCUUGGAACAGCUACCAGGAUUGCGUGAGAAAUUAAUGAAAAAGCAACGGAAACAAACCGUAACCCUGAAAUAGUAGAGCUACGUACCUGGUAGAGCGAAUGAAAUUAUAGUUUUUGAACGGCUUCGUGACAGUGGCAAUGUAACGUAAUCCAAGACAGUCUUUGAUUCUGGAUUGCACGCUGUGGAUUCCGGAUUUGUUAUCACUGGAACUUGGAUUUGGGAUUUCCAAUCGUUAGCGGGAUUACGGAUUCCAAAGUCCAGGAUUCCGGUUAUCACAUGAAAAUUUUUCCUGGAUUCCGAAAUCUGGAUUACCUGAUCCUGGGCGGAUCAUUAUACGUUUCUGGGAAACUGCCCACCUACUCCUCCCUUAGGCUAACAUUUUGCCCUAAGUGAGAAGUAAGUGUUGAUGUUGGCUUAGGGGAGGGGUAUGUGGGUAGUUUCCCAGAAACGUAUAAUGAUCACAUGGGACAAUUUUGCCAGUAUCAUGUUCAACUUUAAAGCGCCAGCAGGCAUUUUUACUUUGUAACCUUGCUUAUAUUGGGUCUGAUAACAGAUAAGAUGUAUAUGAAUAUUUUUACAGCAUGAGUAUGAAAGUUCCUACCAUAGUGGAAGAAGCCCAGCAAGCAUUGCAGGCAGGAUAUUGUGUGGUCAUUGGUCUCCAGUCCACUGGAGAGGUUUGUUUUCUCUUUCUGUCCAAUUUUUUUUCGUAUCCACUCAAAAAGGGUUACAGUUUCUGAUAACAUAAAAAUUUCUUUAUUUCAAUGUCAGCCAGUGUUUAAAAAGUAAUGUUUGAGACACUGAGGACUUCUUGCAAAGUUAGUAGAAAGUACGUACCAAAUAAUUGUUCGCCCCUCACACUGUAUAGAGAGUUUCACAUAACAUUGUAGGUUCUAUUAGUGGAUGCACUUGAUGCAAGGCUAUCGCUGCAAGUAUUUUAUGACCCUUAAGGACGUAUGUACGGUCUACGCAGUAUUUAUGUUCGACAAAACAAAAAAAUGGUUGGAUUCUAUCGAGAACGCACAAUUCGUCUAUAAAGAAUUCCUGCAAAUUGCUGGAUUUGGCCGCUGGAUGUAUAAUGGCCAUCGUAUUUUCCCUGCAAUAAUGGUAUUUCGUUGGUCCAGCAAUUCACCUGUCAAGGCGGAUUUUGUUCAUCUGGAAAGUGAUAGGCUACAGCAAGACUAUCAAUUUUGUCCAGAAGGCAUGAUCGACCACAGGUCACUAGAUUUCGUAGGACAUGGGCCAUUUUUGAUAAUUUUACUCAGGUAUUGUUCAAUGACCGACGGUUAUUUACUUACUACUUAUUAACCAAGAGUGGGGUCGUUACAGGGAAGUCUCAGACCAAGGCCUUGAUUUAUUGACCGAGCCAUAGCACAACAGAACCAUUUUUAAAAUACUUUUUUAAACUUAGAUAAUAUUAUAUGUCCCUUCGAAUUCAACUCCAGAAAAAUUCACCAACGUUUGACAAAUUCAACGACAUGGAAUAACAGCGAGGAAUUUUGAAACAGCAUGAAUUCCCUUUUUAGGAGACGUUUUUUGGUACUGUUGUUGUCGUCGUUGCUUAAACUCCCCAAUGAUCAUGAGAAAGUAGUUGCUUGAAUAGAGUUUGGUUUAAGUCAUUGUUUUAUUUGUCAGGCAAGUUUGGAAAGUGAAAUAUCACGUUGUGGUGGAGUACUGAAUGGCUUUGUCUCAAGUACAGAAGAAAUCAUUAGCAGGUUUAUCAAGCAGUAUUUUCCAACUCAGAUAAUCAAAUCGGUGAGUAAUUCUGAACAACCCUGCUUAGCUGGUGAGAUUUAACUCACGCGAGUGCUUAAUUUUACGAGCGCUUUUGUUCUGGCUUUGAAGAUCAGAGAUGAUUGAGGAUAAGUCAAGUUGACACCUCUCUUUCAGGUCCGUUCACUAAGAUUUUAAGUUGCUGGGUAUAAUUUUUAUGCAAAGUUUCGAAGGAGAUUUUUACAGCUGGGAAGUUCUUUAUGUUCAUUUUUCCUUCUAUUCCUAUGUAAGUAGCCGGGGGCCUUACUCAAAGUUCCCAGGGGAAAUUCCCGGUCCCGGACCCUCAAUUACAGCCCUGCUCUUUCCCCUUGCGACUUCAGCGCCGCUGAAAAGCACUCCUGCGUUCUGAUUCCACCAGCUUUGCAGGUCAAUCUCAAGGAUGGUACAUCAGACAACGAAUGGAUAAUUUUGAAAAUCCACUCUAUGCUCAACAUUACUUAAUACACUUUCUGUAACCUGCAAAGCAGGCGUAUUUUGUAGGGUGACUGUUCUCCCGCCAUCUGAGAUAUUGAAACUGACAGAGAGUUCAGUCACCUGUUCAGUUGGCGUCAGUGAAGAAAUGAUUCAAGGUGGCGGACGCGAUCAAUAUACAUUUGUACCUCUAGGCUUAAGUUUAAGAAAAAUGUUUGCUCUACAGGCCACACUUUCUGCGUUCCACAUUUCUAAGAUUUGAUGGUACGUCUCCUGUUAUGGUUCAUGAGCCACGGAAGUCCAGUCCAAUAGUCUUGUUUACUCACUUUCCCGGCCUUAUUUUUGUUUCGGGUAAUGUGAAGUUAAGUAAAUUUUUUUAAAAAAGAGAGAAAUCAAGGCUAUUAUGUUCUUUGUGUAGAAUGGCGAUGUUGUUGAAGAUCAGUGGAGUGUUCAGGCUAAAAAUCUUCUACAAGGUUUUGUCAAGAAAAUUAAUCUCCCAAUCAGGUUUGUAUCAAUGUUAUAUUCUUUAAAACCCUUUUAAAGAGCCUGUCUCACUAGGAUGAGCUUUUGCUGUUUUAGGUCAAUGCUGUGCAAGAGUCCCCACUUAGCACCUUAACCUAAAUACAAAAUGCUCCUGAGGAAUUACACGGAAAAUAGCAAACAAAUUUUUAAUCAUGGAGCACUAACCACUAUUUUUUUUGUUGAUUGUUACAGGCUUAGUAUUAAAACUUGAACAAUUUGGUAGAACGUUUUCAAGUUUAAAUCCAUGUCCAUUCUUGCCAUCCGUUGCAACAGACGACAGAAAUCAGUUUCAGUGCUUAAAAAUAUUCUUAAAUAACAAAUUUGCCGCAUUAUUUUUGGGAUUAAUCCUGGGUGGGGAUGGAAUGGAUCCUGUUAUGGACUACCAUACACUGUCUCACUCCACCCAGGUGUAUAAAUUUGGGUACCAAAAGAUUUAAUCCUGGGUGGAGGUGGGAGGGAUCCUGUUAUUGACUACUAUCCCGUCCAAGGAAGAGCAAAAAUAUUCCUAGUCGCUUCAUGCUAUGGAGAUCGGAAUGUGCUACGGCCAAAUGGGCCACCUGGCUCGAACGCAGACUUUACCCUCGUACCUUUGUGACUUAUUUUUGUCUCUAGUCCUCUUGAUGACCUUAUAAACCAGCUCGGAGGACCAGGAAAGGUAGCAGAAAUGACAGGCAGGCGUGGUCGCGUGGUAAAAACUGACAAGCAGCCUCAACCUCAUUACGAGGCUCGAGAAUCAGACAGCAGCAAUGUGGAUAGUUUGAAUAUUCAAGAGGUGAGCAAAGUAAUCAGAACUAAAUCUUGCGCUGUGUUCCGAAUGAAAUGGUAGAAAAUGCGAUUUACAGUCGGUCAUUAGAGUCAUCAGCACAGACGUCAUCCUCGGCCAAGACCCUGGAGCAGGCAGCCAGGUCGAAAACUUUCGUCGCACGACUCGUCGCACCGUUUCUGCCGACCUGACUGACUGCCCCUGGGUCUCCGAGGAUGAACUCUGCCUUUGUCCCUUACAUUUAAAAAACAGGAACGUCGUCGCGAGAAAGACAGUCUAGUUCUUGCUUUUGUUACUUGUUCCUGGGAUUAACUUUACUAGUGUAGUCCAACCUUAAAUUCUUACUCUGAAUCUGAAUAAGACUCUUAUGUAUGCCGUAAAUUCAGGUAGCAAUCCGGUUUUGGAUCUUCGUUUCAUUCCCCAGUAUUUUUCGCUUUCGCUAUGACAACUAAGUCCGCAUAAAGCAAUUGCUUGAAGCUCAAGGAUUGUCUCUUUAAUACCACAAUUUUAAGAGGGUUGUUCGAGUAUAAUUGAACAUUAAACGUUGUUUUUUCGAUUGCAUUGUAUCACAGAGGAACGGUUUUAUGAAUGGAACAAAACUUGUUGCAAUUAUAUCUGAUGCUGCCAGCACUGGUAAGUUCCCUUUGCAUCUUAGUUCUUUUCAGGGUUCGUACAGAGUCUUGAAUUCUUGAAAUUUACCCAGCAAUUUUCCAGACGUGAAAAAAGUCUUGAAAGUUGAGGUAAAGUCUGGAAAAUUAUUUACAAGUCUGGAGUUUUUUUUUUUUUUUCAAAGCUACAACAAGUGCUUCAUAAGUGAAUUUUUUCCCGGUGGUCAAAUCUUAUUCAAUCUCGCCCGCAUUGAAGACAUGUAAUCACAGAAUGAGAAGUUUUAAAAUGUCCGCAUUGCACCGUGGUUACCGUACGUUUGCAGUGCGUCAUGAAAAAAGCUUGGUUCCUGCGUUUUUCAAGGUCUCUAUUGAUCACCCAGUUGUUUUCCUUGUGUCUGGAAAAAAAAGUAUAUUGUUUUAGAAAAAGUCUGGAAAAAGUCGUAAAUUUUGGAUCCAAGAAUCUGUACGAACCCUGUCUGUUGAAGUUACUUAGAUAAAACCUUGCACUUUUUAAAUUCUUUUGAUACUUGAAAAUUGAGGGCAACCUUUGGUUAUUUUCACGCAAAGAAUCGCUGGCUCAAUGCCUGUUAGCGUUCAAUUGUGUUGCCAUUGCUUGGAAUUUCGUGCAGAAACUCGAACUUUAGACUGAUGUUUCUCGACUUGAAAUUUUACUCAAGCAGGAAUUAAAAGAGUUUUCCGCGGGUAAAAGGAAGCGCAAUAAAUACUGUGUAUAAGUGACAAGACAAGACAAGAUAAUAUUUUACUUGGGGUCUUAUACCACCUGGUACAUCGACUGCUUUCCAAAUAAUAUAAAUUACAACCUUCUAUGUGAUAUCAUUUGUAAGACUCGUUGAAUUAUAUCUAAUUAUCCUGUACAGGUAUCUCGUUAUACGCGGAUCUCCGAGCAGCCAAUCAGUGCCGCCGUGUUCACGUGACCAUUGAGCUGCCAUGGAGUGCUGACAAAGCUGUUCAGCAACUGGGAAGAUCACACCGGUCAAACCAGACGAGGUACGUGUACUGCCAAAGCAUAAACAUUGCUGUUCCUUUGAUAAGCUGUUACCUGUGCAAGAAGCUAGAGUUACUCGAGGCGUACACUUCUUUCGUGCGUAGAAACCUCCCGCGUGUAUACAUAACUCCAUGGUUUCAUGCUGCACGUUUACCAUUUUUUAAGUCAGAGAGGAGAUAUCACGUGAUAAUGUUCACCGUCUAAUUGGCGCGCUUGGGAGCUCCGCUUUUUGUUCUAAAUUUGACUUUGUGUUAAUAUCCGGCCCUGAGAGUUUUACUCUAAUGUUUUCUUUGUUUUUUUUUUUUAGUGGACCAAUCUACAAACUUGUAACAACAAACUUGGGCGGUGAAAGAAGAUUUGCUGCGGCUGUGGCUCGACGGCUUCAGUCGUUAGGUAAUGUUUAAAUGUUUGCAGACGCGGAAAAUCGUGAACAUCAGACGUAUUCUGAAUUAGUAAAAUCCAACUAGUGGUCUAUCAUCAAUGCUGCGUUCUGAUUGGUUGAGCUACUACGAGGCUAUAUAUUAUAGCCCACUAGUAGCGAAAAGCGCCGGCUUUGAAAACCAAAACAGUGGUGGCUGAAUCUCGUUUUGCUAGCUAAAGUUGUUUUUUCUCGAUAUUUUUGACCAACUAGUUGGAUUUUACUAAAACAAUUAUUCCUCUCGCCCUCAUCGCCUCUGAGUCAAUAGCCCAUUCGGCCGAAUAGCCCAUGACUCAGAGGCCAUGAGGGCGAGAGGAAUAAUUGUUAAUUAUUCUCACGGAGUUCCAAAGAAAAGUACUCGCAAUAAGAGUAGAACCUUUUACCGUCUGGUUACUAGUCCAGAUGCAGUACCACUAAGAUAUUCUGCACUUUCCAGAAGUUAAUAGAAAAACAAGAAACAACAUAAGCAACAAAUCAUGGAGAAUAUUGGAUAUGGCCUGGGUGUAACGCCAUAACCCACUUUAAUUAUACCCAAAAGAUAAAACACCACAGCAAAUGAAAUAAAACUAAAAGCUACAUGUAAGUGUGCCAGGGUGGCCAGAAAAACCUGUCCCAAAAAACCCUGUACGGAAAGAAGCACAGGAAAUCUGGGGCGGGCCAGGCGCAACUUACGUCCCCCACCAGGACUCUAAACAAAUUACUCAGAACUGCAAUAGACCAAAGCAGAACUUCUAAUAUAUAAAACCAUUACACGUGUACAGUGGAAAAUAUACUAAAACUUGUAUACACCUGGACUGAAAGUGACUUAGAUAAGGCUAAGCGCUAACAAUUACACGCAAACUCUGGAAAAUAUACUGAGAUAUAUCAAUAUCUCUAAAUCAAAUUACUCAGAACUGCAAUAGACAAAAGCAGAACUUCUAACAUAUAAAAGCAUUACACGUGUAGACUGGAAAAUAUACUAAAACUUGUAUACACCUGGACUGAAAGUGACUUAGAUAAGGCUAAGCGCUAACAAUUACACGCAAAUUUUGGAAAAUAUACUGAAAUAUAUCUAUAUCUCUAAAUCAAAUUACUCAGAACUGCAAUAGACAAAAGCAGAACUUCUAAUAUAUAAAACCAUUACACGUGUAGACUGGAAAAUAUACUAAAACUUGCAUACACCUGGACUGAAAGUGACUUAGACAAGGCUAAGCGCUAACAAUUACACGCAAAUUUUGGAAAAUGUACUGAAAUACAUCUAUAUCUCUAUGAAAUGCGCCUGGACUGAAAGUGACCUACGUUGUAGAUACGGAGAGCUCGUUAAGACCAUGCUGAAAAUGCCUAUGCCGGCUUAGUGGGGCGGCACCUCCAACCGGCGUGGAUAUCCGACAAAUCACCAGCUGUUCUCCUACAAGUUGGAUUGGGCGCCGCGUCAGACUCGCGCUCACUUGUGGGUGCGGUACUUACUUAGAAACGUCACCAACUAAUGACUUAAUAUGCCUCUUAAACACCUCUCCCAAAUAACGUGAAUAAAGAAACACUUGCACUAGAAUGAAAGUACAACAUACCGUACUCCUAAGAUUGAGCAUGGACAAUUAUACGAACUAGUGGAAACGCAGAGCAGGUUUAAGGCGAGAACUUAAUAAAACACUAGGUCUCAGCUACGGGACAAGGCCUCAGAGUUCAAAAUAGAUCUACUUCGCGCUUGCAUGGACACAUAAAUCGACAUAAAACUAUUACAUGUAUAUAUUUUAGAUAGAAAACAUCGCGAUUUAGAGGCAAAAUCUGCAGCAAUCGCCUGACAAAACUAACAGAAAGCAGCUACUUAGGCUGAACUGGGUGCGCAAGCCUAGCUUCUUUUGGCGUCUUCUAAUUUAAAAGUAAACUUAAGAAAGGCGUGGCUAACAGAACAAACUUAAAUACCAGCCACUGCAUGGCCCCGAUUUAUACUGUAAACAGCAGAUUCUAAAUAAGAUGCGCCAGUGAAAUUUCUAAGUUUCUUGACUCAGAGACUUUGUUUCUGCUCAACAAAUGUCGUCAAAGUGCAAGUCUCUUCAAUUUUAAAGGAAAAAAAAAAUUUCGAUAUUCGAGCAGGAGACGAUCCCGGAGUGCUAAAUCUAACCACUAGACCACCGAAGAUUCGCUGCAGGAGAUUGGAGUAAUUUAACUACUGUAGCAAAAACCCUAACCCUCAAAAGAAGCUAACCGUUAAUCCUAAUCACUAUUCUAAGUGCUUAACCCUAAUCAGUAUGGUCAGUGCUUAACCCUAAUCAGUAUUGUUAGUGCUUAACCGUAAUCACUAUAGUCAGAGCUCACUCAUAUAUGUAUACAUAUAUGCAAUUACUUUGUGUAGGCAUCACAAGGUAUCCAAGGGCGGUUUGAGAUAUGGAAACUAGCAUUUACCCAGAAUGCUAAGCUAACUUAGAUAGAUACAAUGAGACAUGCAAAGGUUUUUCGAAUAGCAGAAACACCAGUCUUCGAUAAAGCCCACUCACGCCACCACAAUAAGCCAGACUCGUAUCUUCAAGACUGAAGAUGGAACGUUAGCAUCCAACUGCAAACCAGUCAGGCCUGGAACUGUAUCCCUCAGCGAAGAAUCAGUCAGCUCACAUGCCGCACAAAUGUGCCAAACCGGGCAUACAAGGCCAAAUCUGGCUCAAAUCAGGCCACCACUACCAGACACACUGGAAAGAAAAUCCAGUUAUCAUUUCCACUCCAGUCUCGGACAAAGGCAUCGGACAUACCUACAACGAGGAGAAGCAAACUAGGGGUCAAAACGCGGAAGCUGAACGCUCUAUAAUAGGAUGUGAAACGGUUAAGAUUCGUGCGAGGACCCCAUUUGGCUUCAACGACUCGAAACACAUAGGGAUUAACUGGCGAAUCAUUCUCGUCAAUGAAACGGCGUAAAAGAUCAGCCUUCCCGGUGAGCGAUCUAGGAAUCCACUGCGCUUCCAGGGCAAUACCAUGCGAAAACAAACAGGAAAAACGCUUAGAGCCACCGACUGUAUGGACCUUAAAGACACGAAAGAAAAGUACUCUGGCAGCACUCUGGUUGUCAGAGAAAAUUUUCACCCUCUUGUGCUUCAACCGCUCUACAAAAGAAAGCAAAACACAAUAAAGUAUUAAAUAGCUAUCAAAUUCGCAAAAAAUAGAACUUUGACCCAAAUAAUCGAUUGUGAACAUAACGCUAGCCACAGGACGGAAAAGCCGCGAAAUGAAGCGUCGCUUGCGCCGGGUAAUACAACUGUGGAAAAAUUGGGGAGAAGGGGAGGUGCCAAAUGGAGUUACCGUUUAAAGAGUCAAUGUCACAAAAACGAAAACUUCAACUCCAUCAGCCGCGGGGGAGUGAAGCGAGAAAGGUGAUCCUAAGCCGAUGAAGACUCCAUAGCUACCUUCGUCUGGCUUGUACGAAGAGGGGAAUGGGCUCCACCGCUAAGGCAACAGAAAUAAUGGAACCAGCCAUCCCAGCUGAUUUGCGAUAGAAAGAUGACUCAUUUUGAAUUGCAGAAUUCGGCCAAAGCCGCUUCACUAGCUGAAAACUUGCUUCUCGGGGAUCUAAAACGCAAAACAAAUGGUGCAGACUGCAAACCCGAGCCACUCGCUCACUAGUAUUGGGACCCGUUGGGAUUUCUCCUUACCAAUAAGGAAACGGGAAGAAUAAGCCCCUUGCGCUCAAUAAAAGCUAGACCGGGCGGCGGAGGUCCUCUUAGAUGACUACCAAAUGCGUCAUCGAGAUAAACAAAAAACUUGAGACCCAUAGAAAGCCAGUAAAACAAAAACAAACGCUUAACUAGACCAAAGACUAAAAUCGAGAAAGCGAAAUACCAAAGCACACCUUGAAGGGCCAAGAAAAACCUAUAUACGUCUGGUGAUCUAAGGAAAUGUCAAUCCAGAUUAUAGGUCCCACUCAUAGUCUCGGUGCCCCUCUUUAAGAACCUUCGAUAAGGUGCGAAAAAUUCUCGUACUCAACCUUAAAUCGAACGAGGUAGCAAAUAACGUGACUGCAUAAGAUCGAUGACGACUGCAGCCGUCAGAAUGGAGGCUCACCAGGCUCGAUAAUACAGCCAUUGGCUAAAAACUCGGAAGUGGGCAAUGGUAGCAACAGUGAACUGAGGUGCUUCUAGGCUUGACUCACAAAGACUGAAGGAGGACCUAAAGCGACCUUAAAUAACUCCUAAACAGAUAUCCCCAGGGAAAAUUCUUCGGAAACACUAAAUUAAAUCAAAUCACACUCAUCUGAAGAUUGACAAAUGAAUCCUUUCCUUCACCUAUAUUGUAGCCAGUCACUGCGAGGAUUGGUCUUGGAAAUGAAGAAACAGACGUGAGCAAAAGCCGAACUUCAAUCACUAAAAAACAAAACAAACAAUUUUUCCAAUAAGCUGAGCAAUUCAAUGAUAAAAAGAAAUCAGACUGUGGGUUGUUAGGCGUUCACAGACCCGAAGGACGAAUACGAAUGAACAAGACACUUAUAUAACUGUACGCAAAAUACUUAACACCAAAAAUACCGAAACACAAACAGACAAGAUAAUACACGUAAUUAACCAUUAUAAGAACGUGCAGAAAACAAACGUCUGCUAAACUGCGUACCGCAGAUACUUUUGCAUUCUGCUUGGACUAGUUCUAGAGAUUCUAGCAGUAUAAUCAGUGUGAACAACCUGCAUGUAAUACUGCUAGAGUGUCUAGAACUAGUCCUAGCAGAAUGGCUAGAACAUUCUAGUCCUAGCAUUAUGCAAGAUGUUUGUCACGUGAACCUAGUUUAGGGACCAGUCAUAAUUUAAGUUGGGGGGGUUGGAGGAGAAAUUGGGGGCCUUCAAUUUUUUUUGGAUGGAAAGGGGGGGGCCUUAAAAUGCCAAAAGAUGACCUUGGGGGUCUUCAAGUUUCUUUUAAGUAGCAUCCCUACUGAGCAGCAUGAUGUUUGAGUAUUAAAGGACCUGAUUUUGAUUCAGUUUUACACAAAGUCCUAUAUUGUGUAAUACUAAAACAAUUUAAUCAGCAUUUUUACAAAAAGAUUUAAUGCUCAAAUAGUAGGUGCAUCAACACAACAUCCAUUAUUGUGUAACACUGAAACAAUUUCAUCGGCAUUUUAAGAAAUGAUUACAUGCAGAAAGUCAUGUUAUGCAAUCUCACUAUCCGAAUCAUUAUUUGUAGAUGAGGUUGAUGCGGACUCACUGUCUGUGUCACCGUCAAGUUUUUCGCUAUUAGAGCAUGUACUGCUCAUAUAAAAAGCUGUAAGCUUUGGCUGAUUAUCUUCUUUCUUCCUUGAAGCGGUCGUGUCGGCCUCUCACCUUUCGAUGGCUUGUCUUAUCUCAAUUAUAACACAAUCACUGGUAUAUCCUUGCUCUAUAAGCUGUUUGAGAGGCUCUAGGUGAAAUCUCUUUCUCAGUUUAGUGUGAAGUGCUUCUCUGUUGUUAGUUGGCACAUUCGGAAGUGACAGUGAGUAAGAACGGUAAAGUAAAGAAAAUGUUAUUUGUUAUUACCAUUUGGGUAUUAUGCAUAAGAAAGGGGGGCCCUUAAAUCUUUUAACAUGAUUGAAGGGGGGGUACCUAAAAAACAUGGGUGCUAUUAGUGGGGGUCUGGAAAAAAUUUGGAAUAAAAAACAAUUUCUCCUCCACUCCCCCCUCCAACUUAAAUUAUGACUAGUCCCUUAGUGGCCUUAGCUCUCACGAGUCUCCUGUAGUACAGUGGUCCAGCAUCUGGACUAGUAACCAGAAGAAGGUAGGUUUUCUUUUGGUCUCCCAGCCAAGAACAUCAAUCCAUUCAACUAGACAGCCAUGACAGAGCGCCUUUAAGGUGCACUUACCAAAGGUGACAGACGAGCAGCGACUGGGGCCGACUUAACGCAGUUUAAUUUUGACACGCCUUACGGCCGAUCAGCACUCAGGAACAUGUACCAAGCCAUUUCUUUGGUAUGUCAGAUAGCCUGUUUCAGGAUAAAAGAUAAUAGCGCAGUCCUGCAGUAAAAAGUGAUGCGAAAAAUGCGCGGGGGCUGGGGAAAGAGGGGGCGGUUGGGCAGUCUCUCUCCUAUUUUUCCCGCCACUGCCCCGUCUCCAGAUCGCGCGCGUGUUAUUUUCGCGACGUCUCUACUAUCUGAGAGCCUGGCACAAGCUAUACCGUAAGCCCACCCAAAUCCCCUUAUAAAGAUAUAUACGCUCAGGACUUUAACGUGAGAUUUUACGGUACCGGUAUGCCG